AUGCCUGAAUUUACACCUAUUCAAGUUGUGGAUCGUUCAAAGGAAAAGGAAUGGCCCCACAAACUCGGAGUCAUGGACUGGGACGACACCAGGAUUGUGUUUACCAAACGCCAGCUAAUUGACUUUUUGAAAUACGUCGGUGUAACCGUCGAUACCAACUUUGCGCAAAUUGCCAAACUUCCACGAUACGCCGAAUUCGGUACCAUCUCCGGCGAAUCGUCGAACGCUGGAGCUAUUCCGGUAGAAACAAGCGCCGCACCAGUCCAGGCCGAGAGCGCUUCGUCAAACCCAGGCGACUCAUCUUGGAAGCCUACUCGUCGCGUUCGCACAGUACCUGGGGGAGUACAGUCCAUCCAGUUGGGAGAUGGUGAUGAGCCUCCCUCGUGGGCAGCACCUUCUGCUAAGGCUACUACCGCUGCUCCUACCGCUGCUCCUGCUGCACCCACUCCUGCCUCACCGGAGCCCGAAUAUCGAGGGGUGGUUGAUAGCGAUGGGCAACCCUUCAAACCGACGCGUCGCGUCCGGACUGCUCCUGGUGGAAAAGACUCCAUUGGCGCGUUUUUGGGUGGAGAGUAG